CUUAUGGCAAAGUAUUUUUGGUGCGGAAAGUUGGAGGUCAUGACUCAGGCAAACUGUUUGCUAUGAAGGUGUUAAAGAAGGCCAGUAUUGUACAGAAAGCCAAGACCACAGAACAUACAGUUACAGAAAGACAAGUACUAGAGGCAGUACGCAGAUGUCCAUUUCUUGUAACAUUGCACUAUGCUUUCCAGACAGAUGCAAAGUUGCAUCUUAUAUUAGAUUAUGUAAGCGGAGGGGAAUUAUUUACUCAUCUUUAUUUGAGAGAACAAUUUACAGAAUCUGAAGUUCGUGUCUACGUUGGUGAAAUAGUGCUGGCUUUGGAACAUUUGCAUAAGUUGGAUAUCAUUUACCGAGAUAUUAAAUUAGAGAAUAUAUUACUAGAUAUAGAUGGCCAUAUAGUAUUAACAGAUUUUGGUUUGAGUAAAGAAUUUCUACCUGAUGCCAAGAAUCGAGCCUAUUCUUUUUGUGGUACAAUAGAGUACAUGGCACCAGAAGUAGUCAGAGGUGGAAGUGAUGGUCAUGAUAAAGCUGUUGACUGGUGGUCACUCGGUGUACUAACAUAUGAAUUACUGACAGGAGCAUCUCCCUUUACAGUAGAAGGAGAAAGAAACUCACAAACUGAAAUAUCAAAGAGAAUUUUAAAGAAUAAUCCACCAAUGCUGUCAAUGUUCUCUCCUGAAGUCAAAGAUUUUAUUUUGAAACUUCUCCAGAAAGAUCCAAGGAAGCGUUUGGGAUCUGGAACUAGUGGUGCUGCAGAAAUCAAGAGACACCCAUUUUUCAAGGGUCUUAAUUGGGAAAAGUUGGCAGAGAAAAAAGUCCCUGCUCCAUUUCGCCCAAGAAUUAAUGAUGAAAUGGAUGUUAGCAAUUUUGCUGAAGAAUUUACAACAAUGAUACCAGCUGAUUCCCCUGCUGCAAUACCCAAGACAGCAGAUGGCAAAUUGUUCAAGGGAUAUUCUUUUGUAGCUCCUUCAGUUUUAUUUAGUGAUAAUGCAAUAACAUUUGAUCCAUUACAAGCCCCUCAAGACACUGGAAAACCUACUCAUCUAAUGGUAUCCAGAGCAGCUUUUAUCAAGGAUUCACUUUUUAAUAAGCAAUAUAAAUUGAAUUUGAAAUCUGAAAUGCUUGGAGAUGGUAGUUAU